UAACAUAUAAUAAUGUUAAUAAAAACCUUAUUUUAAAUGCAGAACGAAAACCGAAGACGUAGGAUAAUGUAGUAAUUUGUUUACUUGUUACAUCAUUAGAAAUCGAUUUUACAGUAGAAGUUCGUGCGAUUUAUUGAGAAUCUCAAUGAAGAAACGAUUCAAUAUAACCGUAGAUAUAUCUAAAAAUAAGAUCAAAGUCGACGAGAAAAACGGUCAAGAAGUUUUCAAAAUGGAAAAAAAUAUGGACAAUUAUUACAAUGGAAAUAUGGCUCAACCCACCUAUCCACCGCCUUAUCCAUCGAUGUCACCACCCGUAGGUCUAUUUCAAGCACCCCCACCUUUUCCGACUCAAGCUGCCCCACCUGCUCCGCCUCAAGCUGCAUUUCAAAAUCCUACAGAACUCACAAUUGAAAAAAAUACAAUCAUUUUAAUGCAACAAAAUAAACUUAACGUUGGUAAAUAUCCCGUCAAGUUCACUUGCCCAAAUUGCAAACGAGAAGGUACCACAUUUGUUCAAAUGGAAAACGGAAGAUUUGCGUAUCUCGCAACAUUUGUUACAUGCCUGGUAUUUUUGCCUUUGUUUUUCGUUCCCCUCUGCAUCGACGCGACAAAGGACAUCAUUCAUACUUGUCCAUUUUGUCACGCAAUCGUCGGCGUUAAGAAACGGAUUUAAAACUUCGAACUCUGUGACAAUUGGAUAAAUUCAAUAUUUAAUAAUUUAAUAUUUUUUAGAUAUGCACUUUAACACUUAAAAGGGACGAUAAAUUCAUCUACAGACAAGAAUUAUCUAGAAAAACUUCAUAACGAGAGAGACGAUAUUAGAUAUUUGAAUGCCAUAUUUUAUCUAAUAUAUCCAAGUAAAGUUUUUAAUUAUUAUUUUUGAUUCUUUCUUCCUGUAUAUAUUAAUAGGACCUUAAUCAAAUCCCUAAUAGGGGAGGUCAAGUAACGGGAGACGGACCGCCCAUAAAAAAAUUCUUUGGGGUGCUUGCGCGGAUUUAAUUUCGGGUUCGCCAGACGGGUAGACUGACGUGGCCGAGUGGAUAAAACCUCUGAACACUGAUAGUUAGUUGUGAGUUGAUGGCUUCGCCAACGGGCAUGCCACGUGGAGUUUUCCGGGUUUUCUUCAUCUUAGUAACACCUGAAUAGGGAUCAGUUCCCAUAAAAGACUUCCCAGGAAGCAUCCCCCUUUGGCAGAUUGCCCGUGUGUCGCGUUGCCGUAUACGAACAAAAUCAAACUUCACCGCCCCGCUUGAAAUUACUUGGCCGAUGAGCCAAGUAAUUUCAACUAAAAUUUAAGAAAAAAAUAUUUGAAUAACUACUGAGCAUUUUAAUAUUAAAAAUAAAAUUUUUAUUGGAUAUAUUUUUCCUAUUCAUCCUGCAACCUUCAGAGAUUCGAUUUGAAUAUGAUUAUGGUCAAUUUGGAUCGGGGCAUUGCACCUAUCUCUUGUCUACGGUAAGGGAUCCCGUUUCUUAAACACUGUAAGCUGCUCAGAAAUCGACAAAACUGAGGAUGAUUGAUCUAUAGUGUAAUAGUAUACAGUAUUCUGCAUCGAUAAAUUCAAUUCAAUUUACAUUUUCUCGUGCCGACCAGUGGCCAAGCGAUCUUCGUA